UUCUUAAGUUGCAAUUCCAAGGUAAUUCUCCAUUCCUUUUGAAUCCUUUUGAAGUUUUUACUUCCUCUUGCUCCACUGUCAUGCUUUAUUUCACCAUCAAAAGUGGUUGGAACCAUUAAGAAACCGUUCAUACUUUAGUAUUAUCAAAACUGUAGUGACAUUGAUGCAGUGGACUUUUUUAAUGUUUACUUUAUCAGAGGACUGGAAAAGUAAUGCUGGACCAAUUUAUACUACAUAUGUAGAUAAUAUGUAUUUGUGUUUUUAGAUCAUUCAUGAGACACAUGGGGCUCAAUCCUUGUCGAUGGGCGCGUGACACAAUGAGUCACACAAUUCAACAGGAUGCAACAUCCUGUGGGGCCUAUGCAUUGAAGUUUGCAGAGUGCAUCUUAGGUGGAUUCCCUUUGGAAUUUGACAAUUCCACAUCUGGUGUAAACACCCUAAGAGAGCGCAUUGCUGUCUCUCUUCUCGAGAAUACAGAUGACUUGAGCGACCUAUGCCAUGCCUGUGGGGAGCAGCAAGGGGACACUCUUUGGAUCGGAUGUGACAUCUGCCCAAGAUGGUAUCAUAAAAGCUGUGUAAAGUACCCACGCAGAGGCCGCAGGAAGUAUAUUUGUGCAGCAUGCAAGUAGGAACUGCAGCUACUAUUGGUAUAUUUGUAUGAGCAUAGA